UUGUCAACUCAAAGUUGAAGUUUGGGAAUAAUUUUCCGCCCACUUUGGUAAAUUUUCCUGCAGCUUUGCUUCUAGGAUGGAAAUUCAUACUUGGCAUUCCAAUUGUAAUUGCAUAUUUUAUCUACAAAUGGAGAAGGCGACAUUUAUCAAUGUAUAAUAUGAUUGAAGAAUUCUUACAAAUUAACAAUAACCUCAUGCCUAUAAGGUACUCAUAUUCUGAUAUAAGAAAGAUGUCUAGGGGUUUCAAGAACAAAUUAGGGGAGGGAGGUUAUGGUUCUGUCUAUAAAGGAAAGCUUCCUAGUGGAUGUCUAGUAGCAAUCAAGAUGUUAGAAAAAUCUAAAGCCAAUGGGCAAGAUUUCAUCAAUGAGGUUUCUACCAUCGGAAGGAUUCACCAUGUCAAUGUGGUGCAACUAGUUGGUUAUUGUGUUGAGGGAUCAAAGCGUGCUCUUUUGUAUGAUUUUAUGUCUAAUGGAUCUCUCGAUAAAUAUCCUUUUUCUUUAGAAGGAAUUAACCACUUAGAUUGCAAGACAAUGCGUGAAAUUUCAUGUGGAGUGGCUUGUGGUAUUAAAUAUCUCCAUCAAGGGUGCAAUAUGGAAAUCUUGCAUUUUGAUAUCAAACCUCAUAACAUUCUUUUGGAUGAGAAUUUUAUUCCAAAGGUUUCUGAUUUUGGACUUGCAAGGUUAUGCCCACUAGACAAUAGCAUCGUGUCUCUAACUGCAGCAAGAGGAACCAUGGGAUACAUAGCUCCAGAGCUAUUUUACAAAAACAUUGGAGGAGUUUCUAACAAAGCCGAUGUUUAUAGUUUUAGAAUAUUAUUGAUGGAAAUGGCCAGUAGAAGAAAGACUUUGAAUGCAGUUGCAGAGCAUACAAGUCAAAUUUAUUUUUCUUCAUGGAUUUAUGACCAAUUCAGUAAAGGUAAUGACUUAGAAAUGGGGGAUGCAAUAGAGGAUGAAUCAAAAAUAAGAAAGAAGAUGAUUAUAGUGGCAUUAUGCUGUAUACAAAUGAAACCAAGUAAUCGACCAUCAAUGAACAGAUUCAAAGAGAUGCUUAAGGGAGAAGUUGAAAGUUUACAAAUGCUUCCAAAGCCUUUUCUAUGUCUAGAAGAAAAUACUGCAAAUGAUAAAGGGGUGAAAUCAAAUUCAAGAUGCUCAACAACAUCUUUAAAUGAUGUUUCUGAAGAGAUUAUUCAGAUUCUAGAUGCAAAUUAA